AUGCCAGAGUUAGAACAGAACUUCGGCAUACGUUCUGAGGUCCGAGGGCCCUGGGGUCCAUUGCAUGCAGCAGUGCAGCGUGGUAAUCAAGCCAUUACACGUGUGCUUUUGGAUAGCAACGCAAGCAUUGAUUGCAUGGACGCUUAUGGCUGGACACCACUACACUUAGCUGCCUCCAAGACAUUGGAUCUGGUGCCACUACUACUGGAGUACGGUGCAGACGCAAACAUACAGGACAAGCAGGGCUGUAUCCCAUUGCAUUGGGCGGUUGCGGGUUCGGUGGUCAUGGCGCAUGCCGGUGGCUGGUCAUCGACGAGAAGUAACAUUACAACUCAGGAAGCAGCCGUUGUUCUUCUUUUACAGAAAACGCCAAACCUCAACAUGAGGAAUAACGAAGGACAGACAGCGUUACACUGGGCGGUUAGGUACGGGGAGAGAACCGUUGCCCAUCAGUUGGUCGAACAGCAUGCGGAUUCGAGGAUAACUGAUGUUUACGGGCGGACUGCGCUGGACUGGGCAAUUGAAUGUGGGCGUGAAGACAUGGUGCAAUUAUUGGGCUGA